AUGCCGAAAGCGACAAAGAGGAAGAAGGAGAAGGAGGCAGACUUCAAAAAGGCCAAACUCAAGCUCGGCAAGGGCAAGAAAGCCGCGUCGAACGCGACCGACACGAGCUUCAAGGCCCGAUCCAUCGCCCUCCCGUCCCAGAAGAGCCUAACGCGCGCUUUGGCACUUGCGACAGACGAUGCUCCGUCAUCCUCUACGCCGACGACCGGCGCUGGACUCGGACUCGACGACGUGCUCGUGCGGACGCGUCACCCAAAUUCGCAUGUGCGGAAUGAAGCCAUUGGGCAGCUGCGCCAAGUCCUCACUGCCGGCGUCUCCCUCGGCGUUCCAAUGGGAGAACGACACGGCGAAGUGGCAAAGGUCGUGAGCGGUAUCGGGUCCCUUAUUUCGGAUGAGGAACAGUCGGUCCGGAGGGCACUGCAUGACUUUGUGGGGUGGUAUCUCUCGCGCCUCCCACCUUUAGCCCUCAGCGCGUACCUCCCGACCCUCACACUCCAAAUCUCGUCGGGGUUGAGCCAUAUCUUCCCAGCCAUUCGACUGGAUACGUGUCGCCUCGUACUGCUUCUCUUGGAAAGCGGGGCGGAUAUCGUCGGACCAUGGCCUGCCAAGCCCCCCUCCACUAGCUCCCUCGUUGGGAGCGCGGGCGUGUUCGACGGACUACGCCUCGCCGCUGGACUGGGAGAGGACAAGGCCAGUGCGGGAUAUCGAUUGGAUGGAAAGGGCAAGCUCGUUAUUCUUCGCACUAUCCGGGGAUUCAUCCAUCGGGCCCUCGAACCUGCCGAGAAGAAGGGGGAGGAAAGCAGCUUCGGGACAUGGUCGCUCACCGACCUCGAGGCCGACGACUGGAGUUUGGGUAAUUACUCUUGGGCACUGGAAUGGAAGCAGCCAGCCCCAGCCGAGGAGGGAGACGGAGCUGCAGCCGAGCUCGAGAGCACGUACGCUGUUCUUCACUCUCUGCUUCUCAACACUUUCAUGGAGUCUGCGCCGGCUGCCUUUGCGUCACCGGCUGACGAGACUGCUCUCGCACUGUGUGCGGAGAGUACUGCGCUCGCACGUCUCUUUGCAGCUGCCCUUCUGGGUGAAUAUGCUCCAGCCGAUCCUGCGCCAACCCGCGCUCGCGUCGGCGAGUUCCUCAAGCGCAUGGCGGGAUACUUUCCCUUCUCAGGUUCGGAGACCCACUUCGCCCUGAGUCUCGACUAUGCGCGCCUCGCAACGCUGCUCGCUCCGGCGGCUCCUCCAUUGGUGCAGAAGAAGGGCGGAUGGCGUGCACGCGUACGUGCGGUGGAGGCAGCGUGGUCUGCCAUGAAGGGGGGUAACAAGGCCAAUGCUGCUGCACUCGCCGCUGCAGCCGAGUGGGCAGCCGAAGCCCUCGCGCCGACAGACGCGCUCGAUGCUCUCCAACCACAAUCCUAUGUCGCCCUCCUCCCGAUCGUGUGGGAACUUGUCCUCCGGCCCGAAGCGGACAUGCUCGAAGCCCUGUGUUCAGCAGCGCUCAAGCAGCCCGGCUCGGGAGCCAAGCGGCGCGCGACGGAUGCGCUACUCACGCGCGUUGUGCGGGUGCACGAGGACGCGUUUGCGCCGGAGCCGCUCUUCGUGCCUCUCGCGUCUCCUGCACGCGGACUUGUCGCUCAGUGGAUCGGCGCCACACCGCGUACCCUCUGGGAGCUUGGGACGCGGGAUGCACCCGCGACGCGCGCGCUUCUCCAGUUCCUCCUCGAGCUUAGUCCCGCACGGCGCGCGUUUGAGGCGCCCUAUUCCCUCGUUAGCGCUGAUGCUGUCGCGGGCAUCCCUGGCAAACUCGGGCCCUUCUUCCACCUACAACACGCAACGCGCGGGGCUGUCGCGGGCCCAUGGACCGCCCUGUCGGCACCAGAACAGCGACUUGCGCUUGACGCUGCGCGCGUCUGGGCGCAGGAGGACAGCAGCGGACGCCUGGCGGGGGCUGUGGUGCGGGCCGUGACGGGCCCAGGGGCGCCAGCGUGGGCACGUGCAUACUGGGAGCGGGAGAGUGUAUAA